AUGUGGGGCCGGGGUCACUUCACGAGCUCUUCAGUGGCGGAGAGUGUGAGUUUUUCAGGAAUUGUCAAAAUGGAUGAUGAUCCACUUUACAAUAAAGUUGAAGAUGUUGUUGGAAGUCAUGUAGAAGAUGCGGUAACAUUUUGGGCACAGAGUAUCAGUAGAAAUAAGGAUAUUGUGAAGAUUGGUUGCUCAUUGUCUGAAGUUUGUCCCCAUGCCAACUCAGUUUUUGGGAAUCUUGACCCAAAGAAGAUUUAUGGUGGGUUGUUUACUGAAGAUAAAUGUUGGUACAGAUGCAAAGUACUGAAAACCAUCAACGAUGAAAAGUGUCUAGUGAGGUACAUAGACUAUGGAAAUACUGAAGUUCUAAAUCGAUCUGAUAUUGUUGAGAUUCCUUUGGAGCUGCAGUUUUCCAGUGUUGCUAAAAAGUAUAGACUUUGGGGACUACAGAUUCCUUCUGGCCAAGAAGUUACCCAGUUUGAUCAGGGCAGAACCUUUUUAGGGAGCUUGAUUUUUGAGAAAGAAAUAAAAAUGAGAAUUAAAGCAACCUAUCAAGAUGGAACAGUUAUUGCUCAAGCAGAAUAUGGCAGUGUGGACAUAGGGGAAGAGGUGGCUAAGAAAGGAUUUGCAGAAAAAUGCAAACAAGCUUCCAACAAUAACAUCUCUGAGGAAAAAAAAUCGGAUCCUGGUCAGCUUGCUAUCAGGAACCUCAAGAAUCCCAUCCCCUUGUGGGGACACAGAUCAAACCAGUCAAACUUCAGCAGGUCGAAGGGACGAUCAAGUGGAAGGUUAAGCCUUGAUGUGAAGAAUGAGAAUAAUGCAGGAAAUCAUGUGACUUUUCCCAAGGAAAGUUUGGCUGCUGGUGAUUUUAAUUUAGGGUCCAAUGUUAGCCUGGCAAAAAUUAAACAGGACCAGAAACUGAUUGAAGAAAAUGAAAAGCUUAAAACAGAGAAAGAGGUUCUUCUUGAAAGUUAUAAAGCAUUAGAAUUGAAAGUAGAGCAAACUGCCCAGGAACUGAAGCAAGAGAAAGCAACUACUAUGGAUUUGACUAAAAACUUGGAAAGUUCACUGAAGACUUGUGUGGGUAGCAGAAUAAAAGAUCUAGUGGCUAAGGUUGGAAUAUUGAAAGAAGUUAGAUGUGUGAAUAUCAGUGUUCGUUUUGGAGAUGACCUUUCGGAUGCUGUUCAAGUGUUAGAUGAAGGAUGCUUCACCACUCCAGCUUCAUUGAAUGAAUUAGAGAGAAUUUGGGCAGAGUACAGUCUGGCUCAGGAGAAGAUUAAAACUUGUCAAAAUGUGGAUGAAGGAAACAUUUUGAUUGCUGAAAGAAAUGAAGUGCAACAGAAGUUGUACAGGGCAGUGGAAGUUUUUCUUCUGGAAGUAGAUGCAUUACCUCUUAAUAAACGCUUGAAAACAUUGCAGGAUUUGUCAACCUCUUUAGAAAUACUCUAUGGACAAGCCAAAGAAGGCAUAAACUCUGAAGAAAUACUUGAGAAAUUCUAUAAAUGGAAAUGUGGUAAAAGAGAGGAGUUCACCAAUAUUAGAAAUGAGACACAGGCUUCUCUACAACAUCUUGUAAGAUGGUUCCAUAACAUGUCAAAGGUUUUUGAUCUAACUUUGGAGGAAUCAUCAACUACUGAAGACACAAUUGAUAAUGUUGAUGAAAUAUUAGAGAAUGCUGAGUCAAGUGUUUGCAGAGAACUAGAAAUGUCUCUGAUUGACCAAGGUGAUGCAGACAAGGAGAUAAUUUUAAACACAUAUAGUCAAGUAUUGCAAAAGAUUCAUUCUGAAGAAAAACUUAUUGCAACAGUACAAUCCAAAUAUAAGGACAGUGUUGAGUUUAAGAAGCAGAUUAUUGAAUGGUUAAAUAAAAGUCCCAGUGUGGAUCACUUGCUAUCCAUUAAGAAGACAUUAAAAGGCCUAAAAGCUCGACUGAGAUGGAAAUUGGUUGAAAAGAAUAACUUGGAAGAAUCUGAUGAUUGUGAUGGAUUGGAAAUUGAGAGAAUAAAACGAGAAAUAAUUCAGUUGCGUAAUAGCGUCUUUCAGGAAAUUUAUCAUGAGCAGGAAGAGUAUGCAAAACUGGAUAGCUUGGCACAGAACUGGUUCCCUGAGCUGCCUCUACUUCAUCCUGAAAUAGGAUUGCAUAAAUACAUGAACUCUUCUGGUCUUCUUACUAUGAGCUUAGAACGGGAUCUUCUUGAUGCUGAACCUAUGAAAGAACUUAGCAGUAAGCGUCCUCUGGUAUGUUCUGAAGUUAAAGGGCAGAUGAUUCUUUUAAAGGUAAGUUAAGCUCUUCUGAUUUCUAAGAGGUCAAAUAUUAUGGGGGAAUGGUUGUUCUUACUGUAUAUUCUUCUGUUUUGCUUUUAGUCUGAUCCUAUGGCUUAUCUGAUGGUCCCAUAUUAUCCAAGGGCAAACCUGAGUGCUAUUCAAGCCAGUAUGCCUUUAACUUCAGAGGAGACAUUAAAGGUCAUGAAAGGUGUUGCCCAGGGGCUGUGUACCUUGCACAAAGUUGGCAUUAUUCAUGCAUCACUUCAUCAAAACAAUAUAUUUGCAUUAAACCGGGAACAAGGAAUUAUUGGAGAUUUUGACUUCACCAAAUCUGUGAGUCAGCGUGCCUCAGUGAAUAUGAUGAUUGGUGAUUUGAGUUUGCUAUCACCUGAACUAAAAAUGGGAAAACCUGCUUCUCCAAGUUCAGAUCUCUAUGCUUAUGGUUGCCUUUUAUUGUGGCUUACUAUUCAAAAUGAGGAAUUUAAGACAAAUGAAGAUGGAAUUCCAGAAGUAGAUCAGUUUAAUUUGGAUGAUCAUGUUAAAUCCCUCCUUUUUAGUUUGAUUUUGUGUAGAAGUUCAGUGACUGCUGAUGAAGUGUUGACUGCUAGCUAUUUCUUGCUACCAAAGGUGAAAUCAAUUCCAAAUCCAAAAAAAGAUAAUGAAUAUACAGAAUAUAUAGAAGAAGAGUUAAAGAUGGAAAAUUUGGAUAAACAUAAAGAAAAACAAAGAAAUGGUGAAGCCAAUUUUGAUUGCUAG